GCUCUUGGGAGAGAGGUUGUCGACCAGCUGCUAACCGCUUCAUUGACUGAUUUUUUUCUUUGGAUAAAUCAGUGUCUGUGAAAGACUCAGAGUCCAUCCUUGAAGAAUGUCUGACAGUGAGGACAGUGACUUUUCGGACAACCAGAGCGAUCGCAGCAGUGAGGCUGAAGAGGUGGAUGACAAUGAGGAGGAAGAGGGGCAAGGUAGUGUUGCUGGCAGUGAUAAAGGGGAGGAGGAUGCUGAGGACAUAGAGGAGGAUGAAGAAGAGUAUGAUGAGGAAGAGGAGGAGGACGAGGAUGAUCGGCCCAGAAAAAAACAUCGAGGGCAUGGAGGCUUCAUCUUGGAUGAAGCUGAUGUGGAUGAUGAAUAUGAAGAUGAAGAUCCCUGGGAGGAGGGUGCUGAAGAUAUUCUGGAGAAAGUAAACGAGGAAGCUGAAGUGUCAAACAUGGAACAUGUGGUCCUGGAUGAUGAUCACUCUGGUUCCCGCAGGCUCCAAAAUCUCUGGAGAGAUUCCCGAGAGGAAGCCCUUGGGGAAUACUACAUGAGGAAAUAUGCAAAGUCCUCUGGUGGUGAACAUUUACCUGGAGGAUCAGAAGAGCUUUCGGAUGACAUCACCCAGCAGCAAUUGCUUCCUGGUGUUAAGGACCCUAAUUUAUGGACAGUCAAGUGUAAGAUAGGGGAGGAAAGAGCAACUGCCAUUGCUCUCAUGAGGAAAUUCAUUGCCUACCAGUGCACAGACACGCCACUUCAGAUCAAAUCAGUGGUGGCACCUGAACACGUAAAAGGCUACAUCUAUGUGGAGUCCUACAAGCAGACUCAUGUGAAAGCUGCCAUCGAAGGUGUAGGCAAUUUGCGCAUGGGGUUCUGGAACCAGCAGAUGGUCCCCAUCAAGGAAAUGACUGAUGUCCUUAAGGUGGUCAAGGAGGUCACCAACCUCAAGCCCAAGUCCUGGGUGAGGCUCAAACGAGGACUCUAUAAGGACGACAUUGCUCAGGUUGAUUAUGUUGAACCCAGCCAAAACACAAUAUCACUCAAAAUGAUUCCCCGGAUUGAUCUGGACCGGAUUAAAGCACGCAUGAGCCUGAAAGACUGGUUUGCCAAAAGGAAGAAGUUCAAGAGACCCCCUCAGAGACUGUUUGAUGCUGAGAAAAUAAGAUCACUUGGAGGUGAAGUUAGUCAUGAUGGAGACUUCAUGAUUUUUGAAGGCAACCGAUACAGUCGCAAAGGCUUUCUUUUCAAGAGUUUUGCAAUGUCUGCUGUGAUCACAGAUGGUGUGAAGCCCACAUUGUCAGAACUGGAGAAAUUUGAAGACCAGCCAGAAGGAAUUGAUUUGGAGGUUGUCACUGAAACCACAGGCAAGGAAUGGGAGCACAAUCUACAGGCUGGUGACAAUGUGGAGGUGUGUGAAGGGGAACUGAUUAAUUUGCAGGGCAAAAUCCUCAGUGUGGAUGGAAACAAAAUCACUCUAAUGCCAAAGCAUGAGGACCUCAAGGAUCCACUGGAGUUUCCAGCUCAUGAGUUGAGGAAGUAUUUCAAGAUGGGUGACCAUGUGAAAGUUAUUGCAGGGCGCUUUGAAGGCGACACUGGGCUCAUUGUGCGUGUGGAGGAGAACUUUGUCAUCCUCUUCUCAGAUCUCACCAUGCAUGAGUUGAAGGUCCUACCUCGUGAUCUCCAGCUUUGCUCAGAGACAGCUUCUGGUGUGGAUGCUGGUGGCCAGCAUGAGUGGGGAGAGCUAGUCCAACUGGAUCCCCAAACUGUGGGAGUCAUAGUACGACUGGAGCGGGAGACAUUCCAGGUCCUCAACAUGCAUGGAAAAGUUCUCACAGUACGUCAUCAGGCUGUAAAUCGGCGAAAAGACAACCGCUUUGCUGUGGCCCUGGACUCUGAACAGAAUAAUAUCCAUGUGAAGGACAUUGUGAAGGUCAUUGAUGGGCCCCACUCGGGUCGUGAAGGGGAGAUCCGCCAUUUGUUCAGAGGUUUUGCCUUCCUACACUGUAAGAAACUGGUGGAAAAUGGAGGCAUGUUUGUGUGCAAGACGCGUCAUUUGGUGCUUGCUGGGGGCUCCAAGCCCAGAGAUGUGACCAAUUUCACUGUGGGUGGUUUUGCACCCAUGAGCCCUAGAAUCAGCAGCCCAAUGCAUCCAGGAGGUGGUGGUCAACAGCAAAGAGGUAUAGGAGGAGGCGGCAUGGGCCGUGGCCGUGGUAGGAGAGACAAUGACCUGAUUGGACAGACUGUCCGCAUUUCCCAAGGACCAUACAAAGGCUACAUUGGAGUGGUAAAGGAUGCCACAGAGUCCACAGCACGUGUGGAACUGCACUCCACUUGCCAAACCAUCUCUGUGGACCGGCAGCGCCUUACCACAGUGGGUGCUAAGCGGCAUGGAGGAAUGACCUCUACACAUGCACGGACUCCGAUGUAUGGAUCCCAAACCCCAAUGUAUGGAACAGGCUCUCGAACUCCGAUGUAUGGCUCGCAAACACCUCUACAUGAUGGAAGUCGCACCCCUCACUAUGGUUCACAGACCCCCCUGCACGACGGAAGUCGAACACCAGGACAGAGUGGAGCCUGGGACCCUAACAACCCAAACACCCCCUCUAGGCCAGAUGAUGAUUAUGAGUUUGGCUAUGAUGAUGAACCAUCCCCAUCUCCACAGGGUUAUGGGGGCACACCAAACCCUCAGACCCCUGGAUACCCUGAAGUGCCCUCUCCACAGGUUAACCCUCAGUACAACCCCCAGACACCAGGCACACCCGCAAUGUACAAUACCGACCAGUACUCUCCUUAUGCUGCCCCCUCACCUCAAGGCUCUUACCAGCCCAGCCCCAGCCCUCAGAGCUAUCAUCAGGUGGCUCCCAGUCCUGUGGGCUACCAGAACACACAUUCUCCAGCCAGCUACCAUCCCACCCCUUCUCCUAUGGCCUACCAGGCUAGCCCAAGUCCAAGCCCUGUUGGAUACAGUCCUAUGACCCCAGGUGCCCCCUCACCUGGAGGUUAUAAUCCCCAUACCCCGGGAUCCAAUAUUGACCAAACCUCCUGUGACUGGGUCACCACAGACAUUGUGGUGAGGGUCAAGGACACUUUCCUAGAUGGGCAAGUCAUUAACCAGACUGGUGUGAUUCGCAGUGUGACGGGGGGGAUGUGCUCAGUCUUCCUUCAGGAUACAGAGAAAGUGGUCAGCAUUUCCAGUGAACAUUUGGAGCCAGUGACACCUACCAAGAACAACAAGGUGAAAGUGAUUCUGGGAGAGGACCGUGAAGCUACCGGUGUGCUGCUGAGCAUCGAUGGAGAGGAUGGUAUUGUUCGCAUGGAGCUGGAUGAGCAGCUUAAGAUUCUCAAUCUUCGCUUCUUGGGGAAACUAGAAGUGUGACCUUGCCCUCUCAUGCUCAGUAGGCCUGCAGCAGAACUCGCAGAUAAACGCAAGAUGCUAUGACUUGUUUUCCUGUGAAGUGAAUUUUAUUUCUCCUUUUUUUCUUUGUCUAAAAGAUAUUUCAAAUCUAGUAACAUAGUCUUCAGUCAAAAA